AUGAGAGCAUGUGCCAUUGAUUUUGAAAGUCAUUGGGAUGAGCAGUUGCCUUUGGUAGAGUUCGCCUCUAAUAACAGCUACCAGUCCAGUAUUGAGAUGGCUCCAUAUGAGACUUUGUACGGUAGGCGGUGUCGUUCUCCAGUUGGUUGGUUCGAACUAGGUGAGAGGAAGCUUUUAGGUCCAGAGAUGGUUCAGCAAGCUUUGGACAAGGUAAAGGUAAUCCAAAACCGGCUCAAGACAACUCAAAGCAGGCAAAAAUCUUAUUCGGACAAGAGAGUUUGUGAUCUGAAGUUCAUGGAGGGUGAUAUGGUUCUUUUAAAAGUAUCGCCCAUGAAAGAAGUUCAUUCAAUUUUUCAUGUUUCCAUGCUCCGAAAAUACUCUAGAGACCUGAGCCAUACUGUUCAGGUUAUUGACCAUGAGACAGUUCAUCUUGAUCAAAAGUUAGCCUAUGAGGAGGUCCCGAUAGCUAUUUUGGACCGACAGGUUCGCCAGCUAAGAUCUAAGAGUAUUCCUUCUGUAAAAAUUUUGUAG